GCCCUUCCUUGCAGCCUGGGCCCCGCAUCCUGCGUCCCAACCCGGGCUCCAUAGCCCCCACGCAGCAGUGAUGUUCCAGUCAGUCUUCUGAGGACAAUAAAAUUUCCUGAAGUAUGAGUAACCCAUUGGAUGCUGACCCCACACCUUGUAACCAGAAGAGUGGCAUGGACUUCCGAGACAGGGGCAUCUAUGCUCAGCUGUUGGAGUUGAUGCUCAACUUGCAGCAGACCAUAGGGGAUCACUUCGUGAAGCUGACAACCAGGCAAAGGCAGGCCCAGUCACYGGAAGAAGCAAAUCGCAUUCAAGUUGUCCGUGAGCAGGAGGAUGUCAUAAACGAUACUGUGUGCCAGGUGAUCAGCCUCCUGUGGACUGAGGCUGCAGCGGACCAGAGGCUCCACGAGUCUCUCCCUUCCCUGACCUCUCCAGAGGUUUGGAAGAAGUCCCCAUCACCUAGGCAACCUGACCAGCCAGUUUGGCAAAGUAGUUUUCAACCUUCGUUCGUCAGUCACGUCCUGUCCAACCGCGGGGUGGACAUCUCUGRCUUUUACCAGUCACACUUCCAGGACUAUGAUGCCUACCUGCAAGACAAAUACCAYGAGGAGAAGAACCCCUUGGGCUUUCUUAACCUUGGUGUCAGUGAGAACAAGCUCUGCGUGGAUCUGAUAACCGAAAGGUUGUGUCAGAAUGACAUGAACUGCAUUGAGGAGGACCUGCUGCAGUACUCCGACUGGAGAGGGCACCCACUCCUGCGGGAGGAAGUCGCUCGGUUCCUGACCUAUUACUGCAGGGCGCCCACUCGCCUGGAUCCAGAAAAUGUGGUUGUUUUAAAUGGCUGCUGCUCCAUCUUCUCUGCCCUGCUCAUGGUUCUCGGCGAUCCAGGUGAGACCUUUCUGGUCCCUACUCCCUUCUAUGGUGGCUUCACCUUUGUCUCCCACCUGUAUGCAAAAGUUGAGCUCUUUCCCGUCCACCUGCAAAGUGAGAUAACUGAAGAGAACUYGGAGCCUUUCCAGCUCACCGUGGACAAGUUGGAGAAAGCCCUGCUUGAAGCUAGGCAGAAGGGAAAAAAGGUCAGAGGCCUUGUGCUCACCAACCCCCAGAAUCCUCUGGGUGUCGUCUACUCCCAAGACUCACUGAUGGAAUAUCUGGAAUUUGCCAAAAGGCAUCAUCUACAUGUGAUCAUAGAUGAAAUUUACAUGCUGUCUGUGUUUGAUGAAUCCAUCAAGUUCCACAGUGUUCUGAGCAUAGAAUGUUUGCCUGACCCUGACAGGACCCAUGUGAUCUGGGGUACCAGCAAGGAUUUUGGCAUCUCUGGUUUCCGCUUCGGUGCUCUGUACACCCACAACAAAGAGGUGGCCUCUGCCGUGAGCAUCUUUGGCUACCUCCAUGGUAUCUCUGGCAUCACCCAGUACAAGCUGCGUCGACUGCUCCAAGACAGAGAGUGGAUUGACACAGUGUACCUGCCUGCUAAUCACUCCCGGCUCCGGACAGCUCACAAGUACGUCACCAAGAAGCUGAGGGCCUUGAAGAUUCCCUUUGUCAAUCAUGGCUGUGGCCUGUACGUCUGGGUCAACUUGCAGUCGUACCUGAAACCGUGCACAUUUGCGGAAGAACGGGCACUCCAUCGCCGCUUCCUGGACAACAAGCUGAUGCUCUCCCGCGGCAAAUCCUACAUGUGUAGGGAGCCGGGCUGGUUCCGCAUCAUCUUUGCAGAAAAYCACGUUCCACUCAAACUGGCCAUGCAUCGGUUCAAACAGGCGCUAGAGGAACACAAUUACGACUGGAUGGUGAAGGAGCUGGAGGAUGCAAUGAAGGAGUAGAUCGCCUGCCUUGUGGCCAGGCACACGCUGGCUCAGCCCCGAUGUYGGCCUCUGGUCCAGGAGCUGACGAYUGACCACAAAACAGACAUUUCCUGGAGGAAACGUCUCAUCUGACCCAGUCGCCCCUCUAAGCUAAGCAUCUGCCAUCUUUGGCUGUUUUGCGUCUCAGUCUUUACUGGCCCUUGUGUAUACAAAAUGGUGUUUUUAUCGGGGUUAGGGUGGGAGGA